GGUCUGCGCAUGUGCGUAAUUGGUAGUCAAGCAACCGACGGUCCAAGAUGGCGUCGUCCAUGGGUGGGAUGUUUCCCGGCCAACAACAGCCCGGUGGGCAUCCUGUAGGGGGUCCAGGCGGGCCGGGUCAGCCCAGUUUACUUCCCGGUACCGGCAACAGAGGCCAGGGAAACAACACGCUGGUGGACGACCUGGAGGCGUCCUUCGAGGCUUGCUUUGCAUCCCUGGUCAGUCAGGACUAUGUCAAUGGAACUGACCAGGAGGAGAUUCGAACCGGUGUGGACCAGUGCAUUCAGAAGUUCCUGGAUGUGGCCAGACAGACAGAAUGCUUCUUUUUACAGAAAAGGCUUCAAUUAUCCGUGCAGAAGCCAGAGCAGGUUGUCAAAGAGGAUGUGUCAGAGUUGCGUAAUGAGCUCCAGAGGAAAGAACUGCUGGUUCAGAAGCACUUGUCCAAACUGCACCACUGGCAACAAGUGCUGGAGGAUGUGAGCGUUCAACAUCGCAAACCCACAGACCUCCCUCCUCCUGGACCACUGGCCUUUUUGGAGCAGGCGUCUGCUAGCCUGCCCCCAGCCCCUCUAAAACCAAACUAACACCCACACACACACUGAUACAUGGAUGUAAAUCUAAUACCACUCUGUCUGGGAAGAAACUGGUGAUCAAACAGCUAAACCAUCACACAGAUUCUUGAUUUUUACUUCAUUUCAGUUCCUGUAGUGUUGACUGUAAAUAUUUUUAUGUUAGCCGCAUUUUUUUUACUGUUAAAAAAAAAAAUAAAAUCAUCUUUUUCAAUCAAAUUUAA